AUGCUCCAGGAGAACUUGUGGGAUGAGGAAGGAGAGAUGGAAAUGGGGGACUCACGGCAGCAGGAGCAGGGUGGGUUGGGCAUGGGCAUGGGCAUGGGUAUGAUGGGUGGUGAGUCGGCCGUCCGUCCGCCCUUCUACAACAUUCCAGGCCAUCAGCAGCUCCCCGGAGGGUCCAUGCACCUGCAGCCCCACCUUCAGGCUGCGCCAUCGCGGUUCACACUGGACGAGGGCAGGAGCGGGGGCGAGGGCAGGGGCAGCGAAGGCCCCGGGGGCCGCGAUAGUGGUGGAGUGGUGUGUCGGUCAUUCUGUCAGUCAGCCACUUUAAUUUGA